GAAAUGGGGAAAGACGUCUGGCGCGGUCGGUAGAUAGCGGCUGACAGCGGAGGGAGAGCAACCGAGGACGAGCCCGCGGUUAAUCAGCUUUCUAGUGUUUUCUCUUGGAGAAAGGGCAGGCAGACAUUCGUACAUUGACUGGGGACAGAGUUGGUGCUUUUUAAUUCGGGUUUUUCCUCUUCCUCUCAUCGGCCGUCUGUCGAAGCUUGCCCCGCGCAGGCAGACGGAAAUACCUUCAAAAUGCCUCCCAUCGAAAAUGACACCGGGAAGAAUGAACUCAAAUCCCGGAUACAGCUGCUUAUUGACUCCAACCAAGUGUUGGUUUUCAGUAAGAGCUACUGCCCGUUUUGUGUCAAGGUGAAAGACUUGUUCAAAGAGCUGAAGGUCGAGUGUAAUGUGGUGGAGUUGGAUCUCAUAGAGGAUGGAACCAACUACCAGGAAAUGCUUCUUGAGAUGACUGGACAGAAAACGGUUCCCAAUGUCUUCAUCAACAAGACGCACCUUGGCGGCUGUGACAAAACGAUGCAGGCUCAUAAAGACGGCAGCCUGCAGCAGCUACUCACCGGAGACAAUGAAGCUUAUGACUACGACCUGAUCGUCAUCGGAGGAGGAUCUGGAGGCCUUGCCUGCUCAAAGGAAGCUGCUAUGUUGGGAAAGAAGGUCAUGGUACUGGACUAUGUUGUGCCCACACCCAAGGGAACCUCUUGGGGCCUUGGUGGAACAUGUGUGAAUGUGGGCUGCAUUCCCAAGAAGCUGAUGCACCAGACGGCCUUGCUAGGCACAGCCAUGCAGGACGCACGCAAAUUCGGCUGGGAGUUUGAGGAGACAGGUGAGGGCUCAGAGCACCGACCCAGGAGGUCACGGAGGGGUGACAUCACACCGGCUUGCCGUGUGAAACACAACUGGGAGACGAUGAAGACGGCAGUGAACAACUACAUUGGCUCGUUGAACUGGGGCUACAGGGUGGCACUGAGAGACAAGAAUGUUAACUAUGUCAAUGCCUAUGCAGAGUUCAUUGAACCACACAAAAUCAAGGCAACAAACAAACGAGGGAAGGAGACACUUUACACAGCGGCUAAGUUCGUCUUGGCCACAGGCGAGAGGCCGCGCUACCUGGGCAUCCCUGGAGACAAGGAGUACUGCAUCACCAGUGAUGACCUCUUCUCGUUGUCUUACUGUCCGGGGAAGACCCUGGUGAUCGGGGCGUCGUAUGUGGCUCUGGAGUGCGGCGGUUUCCUGGCCGGCCUGGGUCUCGACGUCACCGUCAUGGUCCGGUCCAUCCUGCUGAGGGGCUUCGACCAGGACAUGGCCAACCGUGCCGGAGAGCACAUGGAGGAGCACGGUGUAAAGUUCCUCCGCAAAUAUGUCCCAGUAAAGGUAGAGGAGCUGGAAGCCGGCACUCCAGGCAGGCUGAAGGUGACAGCCAAGUCCACAGAAAGCGAUGAGAUCAUCGAGGGGGAGUACAACACUGUGCUAAUAGCGGUGGGCCGAGACGCAUGCACAGACAAGAUUGGCUUGGACAAGGCCGGGGUCAAAGUCAACCCCAAGAAUGGAAAAAUUCCAGUGAAUGAUGAAGAGCAGACCAAUGUGCCCCACAUCUACGCCAUUGGAGACAUUCUGGAAGGCAAGUGGGAGCUGACUCCUGUAGCCAUCCAGGCCGGCAAGCUGCUGGCGCGACGCCUCUACGGGGGCUCAAAACUCAAGUGUGACUACAUCAACGUUCCCACCACUGUCUUCACCCCACUGGAGUACGGCGCCUGUGGUCUGUCGGAGGAGAGAGCCACUGAGCUCUACGGGCAGGAAAACAUCGAGGUGUACCACAGUCUGUUGUGGCCUCUAGAGUUCACUGUGCCCGGCAGAGACAACAACAGAUGCUACUCCAAGAUCAUCUGCAAUAAACUGGACAACGAUCGAGUCAUUGGCUUCCACUAUCUGGGUCCAAACGCUGGAGAGGUGACUCAGGGCUUCGGCGUAGCCAUGAAAUGUGGCGCCACCAAGGAGCAGCUGGACAACACGAUCGGCAUCCACCCAACCUGUGCUGAGAUCUUUACCACUUUGGAGGUGACCAAGAGCUCCGGUGGAGACAUCGCCCAGUCCGGUUGCUGAGGUUAAACCCUGCUCGUUUAGCGGGCUGCUCUCAUAUUGGACUCUCCUACCAUCACCUCUCAUCUGAGUCAACCUUUUAAGCUCAGCCUCACCUUCAGCCGCUCACUUUACAGGGCGGUUGUUUCUCAGGACAAACCGAACAGCGUGGCCGGCGCCUGAAUCAGUGUAAGCGCUCAUUCAGGCUCGCUGGGAGCUUAAGAGGUGACUGACAGAAGCCAGAGCGGAAGAUGUGAGAGUCUCCAGCUCUGGCUGAGGUAGUCUGAUACGAGGGCAGCCUGCUGAACAGCGGGGUUACUCUGCUGGUAUUUUUACAGGGCUCCACCAGUGUGUCUUUCUCAGAGGAGCACCAACACACACACACACACACUCUACUGUUGAGUAUGUGCGUGAGUUUGGGCUAUUUGUGACGUCCUGGCCCAUAACCUGAAAUACUGAGGCGGGCAAGGAUCGAUGUACCUCUGCAGAAGCGCCUGGUGGUGGCUCUAAUCCUUCGUCCAAACCCCCGACUUCAAACACUUCUCAUUCACCCCCACUGUACGGAUGGCAGAUUUCAAUUGGCAUACAACCAGGGUUUGAAUGGAUGCGCGGCUCUGAACUCUGGUCCAGCUUGAGAAAUUGAUUUAAUCUGGUGUGUAUGUAUGUGUAUAGAUUAAAUGUUACCAUGUCUCCUGUGUUGAGCCUUCGUCAUUCCACACAAUCCUCUUACCAGGUCUUUAAGAUGAAAUUGAGGUGUAUACAUGUUGCUGUCAAUAUUUGUCUUUGCUGUGUGGAGGCACCAGGGGUUUCUGCCUUUUAAAGAGAACUCUUUUAUCUCUACAAAAGCGAUCAUCUAAACAAGUCUGCAGAGAUAAAGAGCCGACAGAUGUACACCUUUCAAACCUUGUUGUGCUGCAACACUAUCAGACAGAAUUGAAUGGAAAACACAGCCUCAAAUGUACUGGAUGUUGUGUUUUUAAAAAAAAAAAGUUUUUACUCAAAUAAUUUAAUGCUUGUAUGUUGCAUCUUGCUGUUUGCCUCUGCAUUAUGUGUAUGUAAAAUAUAUAUUCAAUCUUGUAGAGGACAGUAUUCUGGCUGCUGUGAGUGAGUGACAUUGGUCAUCUGUAUAAAUGACUUGUUUGUCGGUGUCAAACCACUGUAGAUUACUACUCUCUUAAGAUUUAAUAAAGGAUUAAUUCCC